AUGGCUCCAGGAGGAAAAAUCAACCGACCAAAGACGGACUUGCAAAAAAAUCUGCUAAAACAGCGACGCCUGAUUAGACGUGAGAAGCGGAGGAAACACAAGAUAGUUGGAGCUAUAGUCGACAAGGAACUAAUAACUGUUCAUCACCUCAGGAAGAGAAGUUCCAGUGCAAGAGCAAAUAUCACACUGUCCGGGAAGAAGAAAAGAAAAUUAGUGAAGCAACUUCAGCAUCUUCAAAAGGCAAAAGAGCAAAUGGAUGUUGAACCUCAAUCAAAACCUCAAAAGGCCAAUUUGGACAUGGAAGUUGGAAGCAGCACCGCAAAAACGAAAUCCAAGAAACCUCAGCAGGAUGUGGUUAUGGAAGAGGUGACCCCGGAGACCAGUAACACAGACAGCGCUCUUGUUUAG